AUGUCUUCGGACAGCUAUGAGCAUUCCUCGCCACUGCCUCCUUCAUCACCGCCCUGGUCAUCGCCGUUGAAGGCACAGAAGAGCGAGAAAACAGAACGCCGCGCCUGGAAAAAAGGGGAACUCGAUCGGAAGAGGGCGUCCAAGAGAGAGAAAGAAGGCACUGUGAUUGAUAUUGCAGACGAGGCAGACGGAGCUAAAGCUUUUUUCUGGUCUUCGCCGUUCUUACCCCCUAUUGAGUGGAGAGUUCCUUCCAACAGCGAUUUCAGGCCGUUCGAGCAUUCAGAUCUCUGCCGGGAACUGGCGAUCAUGGAGGAAGACAACAUCGAAUGUUACAUGGCAGAUGCCUGGGCAUGGCAGCAUGUGGCAUCCAACGAUGUGUUCGAUCUCUCAGAUGGGUCAAUUUUGCUGCUUCGAGCGGGGCAGAGCGUCGUUCGCACCUCAAGUGGGCUCGACAUCGGUGUGGAAUAUGAGAGAAUGGCGAUGAUCUUGGAGCACGCCCCACAGGGGGAGACGGUAUGUGGUCCCACGAACCGCAGACGUGAAGGGCAAAGUUAUGGGAAGAAAAUGGGUCUUUCCUAUGGCCGUCAAGGUGUCACGAAAGUAGGGAUUAGAACUGGUGGAGAGAGGAUGGAGGAAUCGACAGGGAAGGGAGAUUUCACCUUUGAUGUCAGCGAUUCUAACAAUCACCGCAGGCGGAGGACGUUCUUCCAUGGGUAG